AACCGUUUUGAUUCACACUUGAUAAAACGAACAGAAUCCCCAAAUUCUCUCGCAAAGAGAUUCACAAUACGGACGCACAACAACAUCUCGCUUUUCCCUCCCUUCCUCUUUUCUGGAGAUUAUUCCAGAUAACUGAGUUCCUAAUUGAACCCGCCGAUUCCAACUCAGCCAUGUCGGUCCACUUCAAAUUCAGAAGCUCGCGCAAUUACGAUUCGAUCGACAUUGGAGGCCAGCCUUCGAUUUCCGUUCGUGAUCUCAAAUCCAGUAUCGUCCAAAACAAGAAACUUAAUCUUUGCCAAGAUUUCGAUCUUCUCUUCUCCGAUCCUAUAUCCGGUCAAGAGUACGUGCAUGAAGAUUUUCAAAUUCCUUGUGGCUCGAGUGUGAUCAUAAAGAGAGUUCCUGCAGGGGCACACUUAGGCUCAUGCAAAGUUUUUGCUACCCCGGAUGAGAAAAUGAGCAAAACCUCUCAUCUUCAGAAUGCUGAAACUGUCAACUUUGAUGACUUUGGAGCAGAAAUAUGCCCUGUAACUGAGGGGAACUUAUCUUGCAAUAUUGAGGACAGAUUUUGUAUUGAUGAUGAGGACACUCAUUUCAAAUUAAGAAGUUGCACCAAGCAACCUGUGGUAGAAUGUCAAAAAAUUGAAGGGAGUGACAUAAGUGAGGCUGUUCCACAAGGUCAGAUUUUGCCAGGAACAAAAUCAAAAGCAGAUAUUGAGUUGAAUGCUAAACUUUCUACUUUUCCUGCAAUGCAACCUUCUGAUUUCCCGUCAGAGCUGAAAUGCUCUCUUUGCGGCACAUUUUUUAAGGAGGCUGUACUGAUACCCUGCUGCCAGCACAGUUUCUGUGAGAAAUGCAUUCUUCAUGUGCUGGUUGAGAAGGCAAGGUGUCCCAAAUGCUUUUCUACAAAAUGCAAAGUGGAAGAUUUGUUGCCAAAUCUGUCACUGAGGCAAGCCACUGAGCGAUUCCUGAAGUCCCAAAUUGUUGUUAACAAUUCAGAAAAUGCUUUAGAUAGAUAUGCUCCAGAUGGAGAAUCUGGAAUUCAAGUGAAAGAUGUUUCUUGUGCCGUUUCUGUCAUUCAAAGAGGAGCAAAGCGGGGCUCCAAUCAGGUGCAUGCUGAAUCGAUAGGUGGCACUAGUUCCCAUGUCAAUGGUAAUCGUUUUCUGAAAGAUAAAAUCUCUAAAAUGCCUGCGCACAAACUACCUAAGGAUCUGGAAGGUUUUGAUGAUUUCCAGGGGGAAAACCAGCCCACUAAUGAGGAAGCUGAAUCCUAUGUCAAGAAGAAGAGGACAUUGUGGGUUGACACUGCAGAUGCAGAGAUGAAUUAUGUGGAGAUGGCAAGACUAAAAAAGGGGGACCGUGUUUGCUACAUGUGUGGUUCACCUGGUCAUUUGAGGAGAGAUUGCCCGGCUGUUUCUAGUCCUCAUCCUAUGCUUCAAAGAGGAAAUGCCGUCUUUCCAGGAGCACUGCCUGGUUAUGUAUCACCAUAUUGGAAUGGGCCGUACUAUCCCCCUAUAAGGCCUUUUGCAAACCCAUAUGACCCAUCUGGAAUGAUGUCCUUUAACACAACAGUGAUUCCUGCUGCUCCGUUUCAUGUUCCCACGUAUAUGCCAUCUAUGUUUGGUGCAUCACCUGCAUCUGGGGGAUUUACAAGGAUUGGAGGCUUAGAUACUGCAAUGAAGAAAAAUAUAGAUCACCAAUUAUGUCCUUCAGGGUUGGAUGGUCAAUAUUAUGAUAAGAAACACCAGAAUACAAGUGAGAAUGUCAUGAGGAAGCUACUCUAUGAUGAGAAUGAUGGUAAAAGAUGCCGCUAUGAUGAAGCAGAAAGAGCAUAUGAGAAAAAAAUUUAUCCUGAGAGGGGAAGGACUGCAAGCUACUCUGAAGACAGCUUUAACAAAAAUUCACUGAUGAAAAAUUGGAAUUCCCAUAUUGUCGAUGAUGAAGAUGUUUAUUCUAAUGAUGGAAGGGACUAUAGAAGUUCUCAAGUUGCUGGUCAAAAUCUAAUGCCCUAUCAUCACUCAGGGAGAUCAAGAUCAAAAGAUGAUGAUAUACCCAGUAUCUCCAGCUGUCAGUCUUGGGAAAGGCAUAAUAAGCAUGGUCAUAGGAGCUCCAGAAAGCGCAAUGAUCGAAGAGAGCACUGUUACAGUGAUUCUACUUGGACCUACUACCCAACGAAUAGAGAGAGAGAUUCUAAAAGAAAAACAGUUAAGCAUGAUGCUCAGAAACACUACAAUCAUUCUGAAUCCAGCUCGGAACCACCAUAUCAUUCCACUGACCAGAAAAAGAAGAGAGAGAGAGAUUCUAGCCGAAGUUCCAGGCAUUCUAAGCAUAAAGCAAAACCAGCUUGUGAUGAAUUGAUUCAUGAUAGGUGGCAGAUGAGUAGCUGCAGGUCAGAUGAAGAGAAUCAAGAGAAGUGUCACUAUCAUAAAAGAAAAAGGUGUACUAAAACAAGCAACAAGUCUGAUGUUUGAGGUAAAUGUGUAUAUGAAGUUACAUAUCAGGGAGUAGUUGGGUAAAUAUGGUACUAGUUUCCUUUCCAGUGAGGUAAAUGUAUUGACUUGGUUUACUACUUGUUCCAUUAUAUUGCUUUUCUUUUAUCUGGAUAGAGUAACGGUUCAAGAUUGCACCGACUGAACAUAGGGGAUGUUCAGUAUCUAAUUUUGAUUCUCUGUUGUUUUUGUUGACACAGAUAUAGUUGAGUGGUCGGCUUUUGGACAGUAGCUUCAUGGAUUAUUAUUAUUAAUUUUUUCAAAGCAUCUUUCUUCUAACCCUGUUUCAAUUUGUAGCUUUUGCGGUGGAGGCAAGAAAUAGUAAAGUUUUGAUCAGAGGAGCCAUUGCGUAAGUUAAAUUUUAGGUUCGUUUGCUAUUCAGAAAGUGAUGAAGCUGGUAAAGGUAUGUUUCCUUUUCCAAGAAGGAAUAUAAAAGGUGAGGUGUCCGUGGCUUGACUCGAGUCUAUUUAUUUCUCCUAAUACAACCCGACCCAAAAUGUGAAUUUCAAAUCUAUUUAAAUUCACUCGUAUCUGCAAAUAGUAAUUUUAUUUUUUUUAAAGUUAAAAAACUUUUAUUUUAGUCUUUGAUAAUUAUAUUUUCAAUAAAGUUUACAUUUUUAAGAUUUGCAUUAUAAUAUUGAAUAUUGAAUAUUUUCAUGCUCUAAAUUACAUAUGCUAAAUAAAAAUAAUAUAUUAAAUGAUUGAAAAUUGGGUCGGGUUGAGACUUGAAUGCAGUCAAGGUUAGUCAUCUUUCAGGACAACAUUUUUGUUAAAGGAUUUUCAAAUAUUGGGCUUGGUGGUAGAUUAGUCUUUUAACAAAUCUACCUGGCCAACUAAGAGUUAUACACUUUUAUUAAAUAUUUACUAAUGCCUUAUAUAGUUAUCGGCAUAAUUUCUUGAAGCGGUUUUUCGUCGCAAUCUUAUUUGUUAAAUGAGUAAAAGAUAUCAGCUUUUGUAAUUAAUCGUGAUUUGGUAACCUAAUAGAGAAAAGAAAAGAGCAGCAGAAUAAUGAGCUUUAAUUGUUUAAAAGUUGGCUUUGGGGGAAGUGAUUUUAUUACCCUCGUAUCUAGAUGUUUGUGGUUUGGGUUUUGACCCAUUUGGAAAACCGUUUUAUCAUUGAAAAUAAUGUCAAAAAUUUUGAAAGUUGUAUCAAUAUUUUUAUAUUUUAAAAUUACAUAGGUUUUUUUCUUAAAUAUUUUUAUAUUUUGACUAACUAAACUAACCCUAAUUCAGCCAUAAUAAGAGAUCUUUUUACUUGAUUUUUGCACGGGCAGGGUUUUUUCGGCAAUCUCGUGUUAGUGGCUAAUUGAAGGAUAACGAUGAUAUAAUUCCAUUAAAGAAAACAGUAAAACGACGGAGUAUUAUUUUCGCAAACUGCUUUAGUAAAUGAGCUAAUAUAGAUUAAUUUAAUUUGAUCAUUUUUAUCUUUUAACCACUCGACUUUUAGAAAAGGAAAGGAAAUUUUUAUUAAUUUUGAGCAAAUUCUAUUUUUUAUUAAAAAUUUUCCUUUUUCUAAUUUAAAAUUUAAUUUUAUACUUAUUUUUCUGUUUUUAAUUUUAUACUUUAUUCUAAUGUUAUGAAAAUUAUUACAAUACCAAUAUGUAAAACAUUAUUGUUAAAGUAAAUGGACGAGUUUACUAAUAUGUAAAACAUUGCUAUUCUUAUUUUUCAUUGUAAACGUUUUUUCACAAAUUUUUUUAAUUCACAUUGUUGGUAUACAUUUUAUCUGUUACCAUUUUAUUUUUGUGGGCUACUUUCGUUACAUGGGCGAUCCGGUUCAUGGUGAUGUCGAUAGGAUGUUACACUCUGGGAAACUGAUUCUAGGGUUGGGUUUCAAGCAGUGGGUUCAAAAAUUGGCUCUAUCCGUUACUUUUUAUUGUUGUUUCCAUGACUUCUGCAUGUCAUCAGUUUAAACUUAUCGAAAGUUGUGGGCCUAUGGGCUACUUUAAGAGUUUAAAAUUAUUUCUAUAAUUAGAUAUUCUUUCAUAUAAAUUGCAUAUUUGUAUUAUAGUAAUUUUUGAGUUUAGUGUCAUGAAUUAAUUCAACAUCAAUUUAUUAGGAAAACUACUAUUUAAUUUGAGACCGAUUCUAAAAAUUAUUUUUGAGUAAUUAAUAUAUUUUCUUUGAAAAUAAGGAAUUUUAUUAUGAUGGUAUGUUUAUCAUUAUUUUUAUAUGAAAUAUUUAAAUUAAAUAGCUAUGAAUAGCAAGGUUGGAAUAAUCAAAGGUUAAUGAAAUUUUAUUUGUAAGUCCUUUUUUAUCAUUACAUCUUUAAUUCAAUCGUUGAACAAAUAUUGUUUUUUCCUCUUAUAAUGAAUGAUUGUUUUGUGUAUCGCAUUGACCACUGUUGUAGAUAUUAUCUCUAAAGUGCAGGGUCAUUGAUCAGCAAAUGACAACGUUGCGAAGAUUUCUGGCUUUCCUUGGUUAUUUUUUUCAGUUUGGUUUUCUCGAUGCUUGUUCUAUCAUCAACCUAAUUUAAAUAACUGAUGGAUUUAUAAUCCCUGUUUAUCAACCAGAAAACCGUUAGUUUAAAAUUUGUCUUUAUGUUUUGUUCUUUUUAUUUGAACGAGUACUAGAUUUCAACAAGUAAAGAAAGCUUAAAAUGUACAUGGUUCUUAAUAGAAUCGAGGAAAAAUUCUAAAAUUCUCUAUAACACGCUGGUUCAACGUUAAGAGCAGAGAUAAGGGAAGGAGCCAAGGAGGUCGUUUCUUAGCUUCAACAACGGAUGGUUUUCUGCGCUGCUGCUGGUUUCGUACGUUGACUGUUUUGGUCCUGUUUCGAGUGUGUUAACUUGAUUAGAGGGUAAGUAACGAUCUGAUACUAAUAUGAAUAUUUUAACUUUUACUUUCACCGUGAUUUGAAGAACUUAUUAUCAUAUGCAUAUACGUUUCUAAAGUUGAUUUUUUAAUUUAAACGAAGGGUUAAAUUGAUUUUUCUUAAAUUGAAGGAUUAAAAAAGUCAUUAUAUCUUUUUAAAACUAUAGUUAUCAACCAAUUAAUGUGAUAAGAUUUCAAUAAAGUUGUAGUAUAGUGACAAGUAUUCUUGCCUGUUAUUCGGGAGACCCAGAUUUGAUCCCUAGAAACAAUGUGUAUUUUCUAUUUGUUUCUGCUUUGUUCUAUUUGUCCAGCGAAUCUUGGGGGGUUCAGCCUCAGGAUGACCGAUACGUUGUCCUUUGUUGACUCUUUUGCCCACCUUGUCUGCAUUUAAUGUUUAAACACUCGUAGAAAGUGUAGAACUCUUAUCUCGAGAAAGUUAACAACAUGGGCCUUUAUGCCGUUAGUCAUACUGAAUGAAUCCUUGUGUUAUAAGCUCUCUUAUGACUUUGCAGUAUGUAUGGUUGUCUUGUUGCACUCUUGUAAGAGUUCAGACCUCAUACUCAAGACUCAAGAGACACACUGCUUCUGUUCCACAUAGACACAUUGCUCCUGUUCCACAUCUACGGAUGCAGCGAUGCUUUUUUUUUUUUUCCUUUUAAUGUAUUUUGUUUUUGUGCAAAAUGCGUGGAUUCUGCAAACAUGGAUAUAUUUCUAUUAUUCAUCUCCUUUAGUUGCAUGCUAGCCUUCAGGGCUACAAUCAUUGACCAAAUAAGAGUGCAUUCAUGUGUGUUAUGGCAUGAGAUCAAAUUUCUCAAAAUGUAUCUUUGGGUGACAAAACCUGAUUGAGACCUGUGAUGGCAUGUGUGUUAUGGCCUGAGAUCAAAUUUCUCAAAA